GGCUCCGAUCCGGUCAUGGCUCUGCGGCUGCUGCGCGCCGCGCCCGGGGCAGCGAGUAAGAGGCGGGCGGAGGGCGGGAGGGCCCGGGCUGUGCCGCGGAGGGGCUCCCCGGCUCCACUGCCCUUCCUCUCGCAGGACCCAGCGAGCCAGGGAACAGGGCGGGUGCCGCCCGCGGAGUCAUCACUUCUUUGCCACUCGCGGAGCAGCUCCAGCUCUAAGCCAGGAGGAAGGUCUGAACCUGCAAAGCAGCCACUAAAGAAACCAAAGUUACCAGUAGGUCGGUUUGAUGAACCAGAAGAGUCCAGUAUGGAGAAGGAACCCCUGGAAAGAGAUGUGCUGCAUCCUCUCAUCCCCUCGCUCAGGAAGACCUCUGAUGGGAGAGCAGCUGCCAGGGAGAAGCUGAACGACACUGAAGAGGUGCAGGAGGCAGCUAAUAGGCUUGCUGGGCUCCACAAACCCUGUGUGAGGGGAAAAACAGAAUGCUCAGUGCAGGAUCUGUGCCGCUACUGUGGUGCUUCAAAGAAGCCAGAAAGCAAAACAGCUCAGUGGACGGAGGACUGUGUCAUUCUUGGUUUCUCCUCAGGUACUUUGGAUCCAACUCUGACUUCUCCAGAGCAUCUCACCACCUACACAAGAGUGGAAAAGCGCCAGUUUCCUCAUUGUAAGGUCUCUGCUGUCUGUAAAGCUUUAUUUCAGAUAGGAGCACGUACCCUUGGAGAAAUUUCAGAGGCCAAGUUCCAGCUGUGGCAGUGUCCAAUCAAAAGGCUGCAAGAGCUUUUUUUUCCUCCCCCAGCCCUGGCCUGGAGAAGGAGACAACUGUCCCGAGGAUACAAGGUGCCUCAACUUCAUGGACGCUGGCAGCUACCUUGGCUAUGUGUUUUGGAGUAUUUACUACCGGUGGGUUGGUAAAUACAAUGACAGGGGUGUUCAAUCCCACGGACGCCGGCAGA